AUGGGUUUCUUCCAUAGCCUUGGGCUAUUUGGCCUCUUUGGCUUUGUCCUCGUUAUGGCUCAAAGUGAAUGUCCUGGUUACAGCGCAACCAACAUCCAGCAGACCAACAAUGGACUAACAGCCGAUUUAUACCUUGCAGGCCGUGCUUGUAAUGCAUUCGGCUUGGAUUUACCGAACUUGACUCUUACCGUGGAAUAUCAGACAGAAUCCCGGAUUCACGUGCUUAUCCAGGAUAAAAACGAGACGGUCUAUCAAAUUCCAGAAUCUGUUCUUCCAAGGCCUAACGCAACUACUGGACUAUCGAUCAAUGACUCUAACAUCCAGUUUACUUAUACCGAAAGUCCUUUCAGCUUCGCAAUCUCACGUCCUCAAGGAGCAACACUAUUCAACACGUCGGGCUAUCCCAUCGUUUUCGAAUCUCAGUUUCUAGGACUCAGAACCUCUCUUCCUGAUAACCCAAAUUUGUAUGGCCUUGGCGAGCAUUCCGACCACUUUAGAUUGAACAUAUCCAACUACACUAGAACCCUAUGGUCUAGAGACUCCUAUGCCAUCCCACAAGGUACAAAUCUCUAUGGCAACCAUCCGAUCUAUAUUGACAAUCGGGGUGAGAAUGGCACCCAUGGAGUUGUACUACUGAAUUCGAACGGGAUGGACAUUAAGAUUAACGAUACCGACGGCCAAUAUCUUCAGUACAAUAUCUUGGGAGGGGUAUUUGACUUCUAUUUUGUCUCGGGCCCUUCACCAAUCGACGUAUCCCGACAAAUUUCUGAAGUGGUCGGGAAGCCGGCUAUGAUGGCAUACUGGACGUUUGGCUUCCAUCAGUGUAGGUAUGGCUACCGUGACGUUUAUCAAGUUGCAGAAGUGGUGUACAACUACAGCCAAGCGAAUAUUCCUCUUGAGACGAUGUGGACUGAUAUUGACUACAUGGAUGCACGAAAGGUGUUCACCCUCGAUCCAGAACGUUUCCCUCUUCCGAAGGUCCGCGAACUUGUGACCUACCUCAAUAAUCAUCAGCAGCAUUAUAUUGUGAUGGUCGACCCCGCAGUAGCUUACCAAGACUAUCCUGCAUUCAAUGAUGGCAAGGAUAUUUUCAUGAAAGCAAAGAAUGGUUCCGUCUUCGCAGGCGUAGUGUGGCCGGGCGCUACCGCUUGGCCAGACUUUUUCCAUCCAGAUGCUCAAAAAUACUGGAAUGAGCAAUUUAGUUCAUUCUUUGACCCAGAGAGUGGUGUCGACAUCUCUGGAUUGUGGAUCGACAUGAAUGAAGCUGCUAACUUCUGCAACUAUCCAUGUGAAGAUCCUAGUGGCUUCGCCGAGGAAAACAAGUUUCCACCAGCACCUCCGCCAGUUAGAAACGGUUCAGCAAUUGUUCUCGAAGGUUUUCCGGCCGAUUUUCAGCCACCAUCAAACGCUAAACGACAAGAUACUAUUUCUGUCAAACACAUAGGCCUUCCAGGUCGAGAAUUGAUUGAUCCACCCUACAGAAUCAGGAAUGCUGCCGGUGGACUUUCGAACAAAACCUUGGACACAGAUCUAGUUCAUCACAAUGGACUGGUGGAGUAUGAUACACAUAAUUUGUAUGGUACGAUGAUGUCCUCAGCUUCACGUGAGGCUCUUCUGCAGCGACGUCCAGGAGAGAGACCUUUGGUGAUAACACGAAGCACCUUCCUUGGAGCCGGCAGACAUGUUGGUCAUUGGUGUGGGGACAACGUGGCGAAUUGGGCUCAAUAUGGGAUCAGCGUAUCCUCCAUGUUGAAUUUUGCCAGCAUAUUCCAAACACCAAUGGUUGGCUCAGAUGUCUGUGGCUUCUCCGGCAAUACUACGGAAAACCUGUGUGCACGUUGGAUGAUGCUUGGUGCCUUUCAGAGCUUCUAUCGCAACCACAACGAGCUCGGAAGUAUCGGACAAGAAGCCUACAGAUGGCCAACUGUGGCAGAAGCCGCAAGGAGAGCAAUUGACAUCAGAUAUCGGCUGCUUGACUAUUUGUACACGGCAUUUUAUGUUCAGACACAAACUGGCAAGCCUGCGCUGAAUCCUCUAUUCUAUCUUUAUUUUACUGAUCAGGGGACCUUCGACAUCGAUUCGCAAUUCUUCUAUGGCGAUGGACUACUUGUGUCGCCAGUUACCGAAGAGAACAGUACGAGCGUGGACAUUUACCUGCCCGAUGACAUAUUCUAUGACUGGAACAGUGGUUUCGCUCCUGUCAGGGGUUCUGGUGCUACUAUUAGUCUGUCGGAUGUCGACUUUACCACAAUUCCACUGCACAUACGGGGUGGUAACAUUCUGCCACUUCGAAUUGAAAGCGCAAAUACUACUACUGAACUCCGCACAAAAGCCUUUCACAUUCUCGUCGCGCCCGGCUUAGACGGCCAGGCCAAAGGAUCACUCUACCUCGAUGACGGCAUUUCAAUUGAGCAGCCAAUGGUUACCUUUAUCAACUUCACGUAUAACAAUGGAUCGUUCUCCAUGUCGGGUGAUUACAGCUAUGCUGCCAACGUUAGUAUUGAGCGAUUCAGUGUCCUUGGCGUCGGGGUUGCGCCACAGAACACCAAUUUGACUGGCGUCUCGUCGAACUUUACCUUCAAUGAUACAACCCAAGUAGUCACCAUUGACACCAGCCUCCCAUUGACCGAGGAUGCAAGUUUCCAGCUCCCCAGCAGCCAGGCUAAUCUUAUACCACCGGCCAACACUUCAUCAUCGCAACCGGGGGGUUCCGAGGGUCAAGGGGGUGGAGGUAGUGAAGGAGCCAGUGGGCAGUCAAACGCUGCUGUGGCUCGAGGGACAAUCAGCAUUCAACUCUUUAUAGCUUCAAUGGCUGUGAUCCUGAUCCUCGGCUUACAAGCCAGCUAG